UCUUCCCUCCCCAUUAUUACUGGAACAAAAAGAAAAAAAACACGAGAAAAAUCAAAUCAGGAGACGGGGAUUCCAGAGAGCCCCGUUCGGGUAGGGAAGGGAAGGAGAGGCGAAGCGGAGGCGAGAUGGGGGCGGCCGAAUCCGUGCCGGAGACCUCCAUACACGAAUUCACCGUCAAGGAUUGCAACGGCAAGGAAGUGAGCCUGGAAACCUACAAGGGGAAGGUCCUCCUUGUUGUUAACGUCGCCUCCAAAUGUGGGUUCACGGAGACCAAUUACACGCAGCUGACGGAGCUUUAUCAGAAGUACAGGGACAAAGACUUCGAGAUAUUGGCAUUCCCUUGCAAUCAGUUCUUGCGACAGGAGCCAGGUACUGAUCAGCAGAUACAAGACUUUGCUUGCACCAGAUUUAAAGCUGAAUACCCAGUUUUUCAGAAGGUGCGCGUAAACGGACCAGAUGCGGCGCCGGUUUACAAGUUUCUGAAAGCUAGCAAGCCUGGUUUGUUUGGGUCAUCAAGGAUCAAAUGGAACUUUACCAAGUUUCUGGUGGACAAAGAUGGGAAGGUCAUCGAGAGAUACGGAACCUCGACAGCUCCAAUGGCAAUUGAGAAGGACAUCCAGAAGGCCCUUGAGGAAUAAUUUUUUGUGAGCUUGUCUCGUCUCAUCCACCACACACUUGCAGCAGAAAUAGGCACUUGCUGAAAUAUUUCGUCGUAGUAACAUUCAGACCGGACGUCUUUGCUUAUCUGUAGUAAAAAUUCUGUGUAAUGUUACCCUCCUUUUCGCCUUCCGUUCGUGUAAGUAGAGGUUGUAUUAAGUAGCCAUCAUCUGCUAGCUUUUGCCCUUUCUGUGUGAAGAAGUGAAGACAUGGUAUAUUGAUGCAAAACUUAACGUUGGUGAAGCAUG